AUGGACCAGCAAAAGAACCCGCCCGACGAACGCCCCGGGAUUACGGCGCGUGGGGGCUCCUCGCCAGCUCUCCCCAAAGAACUGAACCCAUCCGCGGUCAAUCCUGCACCUGUCAACCCCGCCAACCCAGUCCUAAGGAGCAUCGCCCUCUCUGACGCCGUCACGCCGGGAAUUCACCAACAUACAUAUCGCGACUCUGGCGACGAAGACAACUCGCGCUCCGGUUCCCCCAGCUAUUUCUCCAUCUCCGACCGCAGAGUCGACGUCUCCAACCCCUCGCAAUCCGUACCCCAGACGCCUUCCAUCCCCAAACACAACCUCCCUCAAUCGCCGGGGAGCAUCACUGGAAAGGACAUUUUGAAGCGCAUGACCCUCGCAGCCAUGGGUCGACGCGAGUCUCUGUCCAACAUUCGCGCUGCGAAUCCCGAUUUGCAGCUUAGCGGAAACAUUAUUUCUGCCACCUUUAACAUUCCGCAUUCUCUCAAGUAUCGCAAGGGUUCCGACUGGGAAUUGAAACCUCGACGUGGCCAAUCCGCCCUUUUCGACUCCUUCUCCUACCUCUCCUCCGACGAGACUCCCUGGAAUCACACUGUCGUCGCUUGGACCGGCGAGAUUGAUACUCCUCAAGAUGUCCUCUCUCCUCCCGGCACACCGCCCGCCACGACCGUCCACUUCUCGAGCCUGAAUACCCUCUCUGCCCCCGUCCCUAUCGAUGGCGAUGCUCGCCUGCCGACGCCGCCUCCCGCCGAGGGUCUCUGGCUGCCCAAGGAGGACCAGUUGCGUCUCGAGACCCAGCUGGCUCACAACAAGACCAUCAAGACGGUGCCCGUCUGGCUGUGCGACGACAACGAGCAGCAGGAUGACGGUCUCCUCCUCAAGGACCAGAGCCGCUGGCGCCGCUAUGCCGAGCAUGAUCUCUACACUCUCUUCCACUACAAGCAGCACGAGCCGACCGACGGUCGAAAGGAGCGUCUGCAGUGGGCCGACUACUACCGCAUGAACCAAAAGUUCGCCAACCGCAUCAUCGAGCUCUACAAGCCCGGCGACGUCGUCAUCGUCCACGACUAUUACCUCAUGCUUCUCCCCAGCAUGUUGCGCCAGCGCGUCCCCAACAUGUACAUCUCCUUCUUCCUGCACUCGCCCUUCCCCAGUUCCGAGUUCCUGCGCUGCCUUCCCCGCCGUAAGGAGGUUCUCGAGGGUGUCCUGGGCUCCAACCUGGUCGGCUUCCAGUCCUACAGCUACUCGCGCCACUUCUCCAGCUGCUGCACCCGCGUGCUCGGUUUCCCCUCCGACAGCGGCGGUGUCGAUGCUUACGGCGCCCGCGUCCAGGUCGGCGUCUUCCCCAUCGGAAUCAACGCUGACCGCUGCGAAAUGUACGCCUGGACCGACGCCGUUACCCAAAAGUACGACGCCCUGAAGAAGCUGUACGAGGGUAAGAAGAUUAUUGUCGGCAGAGACCGUCUCGACAGUGUCCGCGGUGUUGCCCAGAAGCUGCAGGCCUUUGAGCGAUUCCUCGAAAUGUACCCCGAAUGGCGCGAGAAGGUCGUGCUGAUCCAGGUCACAUCGCCCACGAGCAUCGAGGAGGAGAAGGAGGACCCCGAGAACCGCAUCGCCACCCGCGUCAACGAGCUCGUCAUGAGGAUCAACGGCAUGUACGGCAGCUUGGGCUUCUCCCCUGUCCAGCACUACCCCCAGUACCUCAGCCAGGACGAGUACUUUGCCCUGCUCCGCGCCGCCGACAUUGGCCUCAUCACCUCCGUCCGAGACGGCAUGAACACCACCAGCAUGGAGUAUGUCAUCUGCCAGCGCGAAGGCCACGGCCCCCUGAUCCUCUCCGAGUUCAGCGGUACCGCCGGUAGCCUCAAGGACGCCAUCCACAUCAACCCGUGGGACCUUAGCGGCGUCGCCAUUGAGAUCAACAACGCCCUCACCAUGUCUCCCGAGAAGCGCAUGGCCAUGCAGACGAGCCUGUACAACCACGUCACCACCCGCAACGUCCAGAGCUGGAUCGACCAUUUCCUGCGCAAGCACGUCCACGUCCUCGGCACCCAGAAGAACGUCGUCGCCACCCCUCUGCUCGACCGUGCCCUGAUGCUCAAGACCUACCGCGAAGCCGGCAAGCGCCUCUUCAUGUUCGACUACGACGGCACCCUCACGGCCAUUGUCCGCGAGCCUAGCGCCGCCGUCCCCUCUGAGCGUGUCCUCCAGACCCUCAAGGCCCUGGCCAGCGACGAGAGGAACGCCGUCUGGAUCAUCUCCGGCCGCGACCAGGAGUUCCUGCAGCAGCACCUCGGCCACAUCCCCGGCCUGGGCUUCAGCGCCGAGCACGGCAGCUUCAUGAAGAACCCGGGCUCCGACGAGUGGAUCAACCUCGCCGACGAGUUCGACAUGGGCUGGCAGGCCGAGGUCAUGGCCGUCUUCCAGUCCUUCACUGAUCGUGUUCCUGGUUCCUUCAUUGAGCGUAAGCGUUGCGCCCUUACGUGGCACUACCGCCUUGCCGACCCCGAGCAGGGUCUGCACAUGUCCCGCGAGUGCCAGAAGGAGCUCGAGUCGACGGUGGCCCAGAAGUGGGAUGUCGAGGUCAUGGCCGGCAAGGCCAACCUCGAGGUGCGCCCGACCUUCAUCAACAAGGGCGAGAUCGCCAAGCGCCUCGUCCACACGUACAACUCGGCGCCGGCCUCCGACAAGCACCCCGGUCGCGUCGAGUUCGUCCUCUGCCUGGGCGACGACUUCACCGACGAGGACAUGUUCCGCGCCCUCAACGGCCUGUCCGGCAACGAGGUCGACAACGACCACGUCUUCACCGUCACCGUCGGCGCCAGCACCAAGGUCACGCUGGCGAGAUGGCACCUGUUGGAGCCCGAGGACGUCAUCGAGUGCGUGGCGCUCCUCGCGGGCGUCGGCCUCGGCGGCGAGGCCAAGGAGCAUUUCGGACAGGUCAACCUGGCCGCGCUGAGCACGGUCGAGGGUCACAUUCCCGAGUCUGAGAAGUGA